AUGUCUCAACUGCUAUAUAUUUCCUCAUUAUCUGUUUCCUUUAUCUCUGUUUCACCUCAACUCUAUUUCUCCUCUCUGUUUCCCAUCUCUGGCCUCUUUCUGUCAAUCCUCGUAUUUUCUACGCCUCUCCUUCGACUCACCAUCUAUGUCGAGGCUCUACAAUACAUCCUUUAUCCUCUGGAACCUUCCAUUAGGCUCCCAAUUCUGCUUCACUGCUUCCUAAGCUCCCCACAAAACCCCACUCAUAUUGGCUACACCUCCCCUCCACAUCAAAGCGGUGGUUACGCGUUACAUUCUACACCUCUAGGACCCUCUAUUAGGUCUACCCAAACUCCACAACUACCUCUGGUUAGGCUCCCCUCACCAGUAUUGGCACUAUCUCAUACCUCCUCGUAUGGCCUAGGCGGCUACUGCAUUUGCUUAGGCCCAGUCUGGGUAAAACCAGAGCAGGCCUUCUGUGCCGGGGCCUCACAGAUUACUGAUCCACCUGACCCCCAUCAUUGA